AAGUCUUCGUUUUCUUUUUCAAGUGUGUUAUACUAUAUGUAACGGUAUUUUUGACAUAUUCACAGUUUUUUUCAUAUUUUCUUUAUAUAUCCGGGUCAUAAGCGAAGCAUUUUUUUCUCUCUUUAUUUAUUCUGAAGAUUUUCGUUCUGGUUCAUUUCGAAUGACAGAUGCCAAUAUGAUGUUGUUGUUGGUGUUGUUAUUAUCUCGACCAUGAUCUGACUGAAGUUAUUCUUGUUUACUGUGUCAAAAUUCCAAUCUCGACUAAAUAUGUUACAGAAAGACACUAUGGAACAAUUCUUAACAGCAUUUAUUCUGACACUGUUGUUUAUUCACAACUCCGCCGAGUGCCCUAAACCUAAAUAUAUUGAACCUUAUUAUCUUUAUCCGACAAAUUGUUGUCAGAAGGAUUUGGAUGUCUUCAAACCUUUUCCUAAUGGAAAGUACCCAGAAAAGCCAAAGAUUCUUGAACUAACAGAUUUCCUGCGAAAUGGCAAAAGGGGAAUAAAAGCUGUGUGGAAUGCAAGUUUAACCCAUUUAAAAGGAUUUAAAAUUGAAUAUGAGUUUAAAGGUUCUGAUAAAAAAAUCUGUAGAAUUUUGGACUUUUCUGAAUUUCUGAAGAACAAAUCCAAUAGUAAUCAUGACUUUAAAUUUGAAAUAUAUCCUGUAACAAAAAAUAAAGAAAUUUUGGUUCAUCUUUAUCCGUUGCCGGAAUCUGGAAACAAUUAUCCUCCUGCUCAGGAAGUUGAUACAUUCAUGUGUCGUGAAUGGAUAAGUAAAAUAGACUAUUCAUUGAAAGAUGACGCGUUAAUUGUGGAGUUUAAACAAGGACCUUCAAAAUGUAAUAUAAAAGUGUAUAAUUUAACACUUUAUGAUGGACAGUUACGAAUUUUAAAGGAGGUGGCUGUCAGUUCUUCCAAGACACUCUCCGAAUUAAAACACAAAUUUUAUGGAUUAUGUCCUGGAAUCUACGAAAUAAGUGUUGAAAUAUUUGAUGAAUUUUGGAAUGUUGAUGGGAAAUGUAUAUGUAGAGCACCAAAUGGAAGAUGUGGUGUCCAGUGUUUUCGGUCGAAGUCCAAUAGAAUUGAAGUUGUUGGUUCAUCAUGUACAAUGCCAUCAUCAACAAAUAUGACUACAGCUAAGACGGGUUUAGCAACAAAACCUAAGAGUUCUUUUAAGUUAACCAUAUUCCUUGCCAUUAUUGGUGCUAUGAUUGGUCUGCUACUUUUGGUUCUUAGUUUUUACUGUUUCAAGCGAACAAUCCAAGAGAAAAGAGGGCUGUUAUUUUAUAUAGAGGACCAUUCUUACCACUGUGAAGCCAUUGAUAAGUUUGUAUCUUUCAUGAAUAAGAGUAAAUGUAAACUAGAAGUUGCUGCUCGGCUAGUGAAAGGUGGUGAUCCAUUAAGACUGAGUUUUGAAAUUCAAAAGUCUGAUUUUAUAAUUCUUGUUUACUCCAAAGCUCUUCACAAAAGAAUUCAGGCGUGGAAAAGCAACCAAGAUUACGUAAAUUUUUUAAAGGAGGAUAACUCUGCACUUUUGACAGCUUCCCUUCUCAAGGAACUUAAAGCAAGCAAUAAACUUAUCAUUUGUAAGUUUCCUCAGGCACCAAAAUCCGGUAUCAGCAGUGAAUUUCCUUCAGUUAAGUGUUACACUCUUACAAAAGAGUUGAACUUGCUUAUUCAACAAAUCCAUGGAACAGGAGUGGAUCAAGAGCUCACUAUUCUUGUCAAAAGUAACAAAUUCAAUCAUAAAUUUAACUCUUUGACCAACACAAUUAAAGAUGCUGCCAACUUUGAAGAAAAUAGUUCCUAUUGGUUUGAAGACAAAUAUAUUUGCCCCAAGAAAAUGGAGUCUUUAAUGCCUGAUGACACUGAAAAAUUUCUUCUCGAUGGAUAUGAACAUAGUAUUUAUUCCAUCCCGAUAAGUUACAUGUUUGAACAGAUAAAUGCAAACAAUGACACAAUAGCUUAAAAGAUUCACAGGUUGAAUUCAUUUGUUUCAACAAAGAUUUGGUUCUAUUUUUAUAUUUCAUCCUGGAUCCUUUCUGUUUUUCUUUUACCUUUUCACUCUGCCUCAUUUCUUCUCUUACCUGAUGUUGUGCAUCCUUCCUUCUCUCAUAUAAACAAAAACAGCAAAAUCCACAUUUAACAUUAAAAAACAAAAGAACUUAUUUUAUACUCUUCCCUAUUUCAUUGACAUGCUACUGUGAGAAAUAUUUUUAUAAGCAAAGUUGCCAAAAUUCAGACAGUUUUAUUCUGGCUUAUUGAAGACUCUUAAAUUGUAAAUUAAACUCUUAAUAACCCUGAAUAGAAUUUUCUUGUGAUAAUGCAGUUUUCUGUUGGCUCCUCUAGAGUUAGAGGAAAAUUUGAAUUCAUCAGUUCAUGCAAAUGUAACAAUUAUAUUCAAUCUGACAGCAUCAUUAGAGCAUCAGAAAAAACUGCCUUGCAUUUAUUUCUUCUGUCUCUUUACUUUCUCAGUUCAAAUUGCACCAAAACCAACUUUUGUAUGGAUAUUUCUAUGGAUAUCUUCCUGUACAGCUUGAUUAACUAUACAAGUGACUAAGACAUAUCCUACAUCACCAGAUAUUUCAGAGGUAAUUCCUGAUGGACCAGGGUUUUUCUGCUCUUCACAUUCUUAUGGCUAGAGUGUAGGGAGAAACACGGUAAAUAGAGAGUGAGAGAUGUAUGAUGGUAAAGGAGAGAUAACGUGGUGGCUCAGGAUGGUGAUCAAUGUAAAAUAUUGAUGGAGAGGGUAGUAUGAAGAAUAAAGGAUGAAUAUCAAAAGAAAUAAUUCCAGAUAGUGAGAAAACCUAAGUGGUGUCAGGGAAAAGCUGGUGACAUAUGCAGUUCAGCUAAUAUUAAAUUACAACAGUAGAAUACUGCAGUUAGAGAGAUGAUUGGUGGUGGGGAUGUCUUCAAAAGGAAAAUGGGUGACGGGACCCAAUUGUGUAUGUAUGUAUUUAUGCAUGUAUGUAUGUAUGUAUGUAUGUACAUACACACAUACACAUUGUGCUUCUAGAGUCUGUGUUGCUGAGAUAAGCAGAUCCUCUUAUGAGCUGCAUAUUUUCAGUCACCCUGGUCCAGUAUCUUCCUCUGUGAGCUCCAAGAUCCUGAGAUCAGCUUUCCUCAUUUUGUCCCAUGUCUUCCCAAGUCUCUUUCAAAAGCUCCAUCUGUAUUAAAUGACUGGUACUUUGUUUAUACAUUUGGUUGGUACUUAUCCAUGUGCAUCACUUGUCUUUACACUCAAAAAUCGCCUGGUGCAAGGGAGAUAAUCAAAAAUCAACAAAAACAAAUAUAUGAAUGAAUGUAACUGCUCCCAUGACCUGACAGAUUGUAUUAUAGGCAGUAUGGAUGUAGUAUCUCUCUAUCCAUCCAUUGACAUUGACUUUGCCGUAGAGAGAUGUGUUGAAAUUAUUUCGGAAAGUGAAGUAACCUUCCGUGAAGUGAACACGAGGGAACUAGGCCUCCUCCUAAAGCUCGUUUAUAAUAAUGAAUACUUAGAUCACCACAACCUAACUAGAUUCUGCCCCACCAAGUCAGGACGAGGUAGACCACCUACGAUCACAUCAGCUGCUAGAAAAACCACCGCAGAGUGUUGGAAGGGAUGGAAUACACCCA